AUGACGGAAUGUAAGCGUGGCAGACAGAGCCUUGGAAAUGACGCCCGUCCUGGAAGGCCUGUCACUGUUGCAACCUUAGAAAUGGUCAGUAAAGUCCAUGAUAUUGUAAUGGAUGCCGUACGAGUAACAGAGAGAUACAUAGACAGCGCACUUAGAAUUUCACAGGAAGGAGUACAUUCCAUUCUUACGGAAGAUCUCGCAAUGAGAAAGAUCCCAGCCCUUUGGGUUGAACUAGUACCGGAUAUUGUUACGUUGGGGCGAGCCCUGUACCGAAAUCCUUCACGGUGUAAGGAUAUAACGCUAUGCGGAUUGAGGGGCACUGCCUGGGCCUUAAUGGCAAUACACCAAAGCCUGCCCGGUCGCCGUAGUAUGCUGAAAGUUGACAAAUCAAGAACUAUAAGCCAUCAUGGUUUCCCCAGAGCUUUACGUCAGCCGCGAAUGUGUUGUCUGUCGUUUGGAUUACUGCUGUUUCUGUGCUGGGGGCAGGGGGUGGGUGCAUCCCCCUCCCCCUGUCCGUCUAUGUGUAAAUGUUACAGUGUGGACUCGACCUCCACAAACUGUGUGGUGGACUGCACCAAUGCAAAUAUUAGUUCCUUAACCGAAAUUCCAUCUGCGGAUUUGCCAUCAUCGAGUUGGAGAGUUGUUCAGUUGAGCCUUGCAGGGAAUUUGAUAACCAAGUUUAAGGAUAAAUCAUUUGAAGUUCCAUCACUCAUCACAUUAGACUUGUCAGAUAAUCCUGUGACAUCGUUUGAAAGGCUAAUGUUCACCUCAUCUAGUAGUAUCACCACAUUGUAUAUAAACAAGAUGAAUCUCACCAGUCUUCCACCUUAUCUGUUCACCAACCUGAUGCUGCUGGAGAAUUUGUACCUGCGUGGGAAUAAUAUAAGUUUUAUUCCCAAUGAUGCUUUUUCCUCCAAUCCCAAUCUAACUGUGCUAGAUGCUAGUUCUAACCAGAUACAGUCCUUAGAAGUGGACACUUUCUAUGGCCUAACAUCACUGCAGUACCUUGAUAUAAGCAACAACAAACUGGUGUUUCUAAAUGCUUCCAUGUUCCGGGACAUGCACACCUCCUUGACUAGUCUAAAUGUUGCUUUCAAUGAUUGGGUGUGUCAGUGUUCGUUGGCCCCAUUUGUAGAGUAUCUAGUCACUUUCAACAACAGUGCUGGGAACACACUGAUCAACUGGCAAAAUGCUACCUGUAUAGGCCAGCCAGACCAGGUUCUCCUCACGCUCAAUUCACAAUUUUUAUGUGCUACAAACUACUUUUCCUGCUACAAUGAUACAGGAGCAGGUACUGUAUCCACAGUGAUAUAUUCUACUGUCAUCUCCUCAGCAACUGCCACUAGCCAACAAAUAUGUACGGAGGAGUGUUUCCAAGUGUCCACUACUUAUGCUUUAUACACAGACAGCUUCUGUCUGUGUGGUAACAGCUCCUCAGAUUAUAAUUGUGGAUGUUCUAUAAAUACCAAUUAUGCAGAUCAGGAUUCUGAAACAUGUACAGAUUCUGGAGGGAGUACUGAUUCUAAAACAUACCUAGCAAAUGUCAGCACUGUAUCAGCAGGGAUCUUCAUCCACCCCAUUGCCCGUCUCACAGCAGGCCAAAGCCACACAUUUACUGUCAACGUCACUUUAAACAUUAUCAAUAUGUUCAUGUUCCACUUUGGUGAUACAUCCAACGUCAUAUCUGAGGGUGUUACAGGUAACACUUUCAGCAUAUCAUAUACCUAUCUUGUACCAGCCCAGUACACUCUCACUGUGUCUGGAUGUUACACUGAUGGUACUAAUGCUGCUUGUGAAUCUGUCUCUGUACCUGUUCUGGUCGACCCACUGGACAGCCAGGUGUCAGUCUCCUUGUCCUCAUCAUCUUACGAGGGCUCCAUUAAUACAGCAUCCAUCAGUGCAAGUUUCACCAUGGGUCAAGAUCUUGACUUCUACUGGGUCAGGUCUCCUGAUAAUGGCGUCACAUCUAAUACAAGUUACUCCUGUGAGACAUCAUGGACAUUUGCACGAGGACGAUGUUUACAAAUGAGCAGCUCUGCCCUGGACUAUGACACAGCCAAGACAUCCUGUACAAAUUCUCUACUCAACACCAUUCAACACUCCACAGAAGUCACAGAGUUUGCCACCGAAAUCUUAGCUGUGUCAUCAUCACUCACAUCUGUGUACAUAGAGGCCAAAAAGAAUGGUAGUUUCUACCAAUGGGCAGAUAACUCCUACACAUACUUCUCUGUCGAUGAUUUGGUGGACAGUUCUGUAGGAGACUGUGUUAUUAUAGACUUAACAAUCAAUGCUCUCAAGGGUGCUGACUGCAGUGCCACACACAACUAUGUCUGUCAAAAACCUCCUAAUAAUGCUUGUCCACAUGGAGGAGUGUAUUAUCCUACAACCAGAAACUGCUACCUUGCUGUCACUAGUUCUCCUGUCAGCUGGUCCAAUGCAUCCACAGCCUGCCAAGCCAUUGCCACAGAUGCCAGCUUAGCUACCUUUGAUAGUGCACAACUAGUGUCCCAUGUCACCUCCACUGUGUUGCCGGCAAACACUGAAGCUUGGGUAGGCCUGCGAUACAUAGAUGGCUAUCAACAGUGGGUGAACUCAGAAUCUGUGUCAGCCUAUACACCUUCGUCUUCCUCUACAACUGGGGACUGCUUCAGUCUGUCUCAAGAUGGUGCCUGGAAAGGUUAUCCAUGCUCCACCACCCUCUCCUAUAUCUGCCAGUACUCUGUUGUCAAAGACACUGUGACUGUAGAAGCAUCUGGAGUUGGAACCAUGAAUCUGAACCCUACUUCACAUACUUACACACUAAAUAGCCUUUCAACACUUUCUUCCACACCAUCAUCAGCAGCUGGAAUUGUGACCAUCUUCCCAGGUCAUACAGUUUCAACACAUAAUGCCAAUGCCAAAGCAAUAGCGUGGAAUUUUAAAACUGCAAACCUGACCACCUCACAGACUGUGGCCUUCCAGGUGUGGCGCCCAGUAUGCAAGGCCAGCGAGACCUUUGUAACACCAGGAUGUAACGGAAUUGGAGGAAAAUAUGGCUCUUGUAAAACAACUACCACUACCUGUCCAGCGGUGAUGUCAUGUGCAGAAGGGACAAAGUAUUGUUUCCAUGAUGACUCGUGUAAGCCUGUGGGAGACGUUUGUGAUUGUACUGGGUGUACAGAGUCCUAUGUGGAAUCUGCUCCUACUUAUGUGCUGAUAGGCCAAGCUUUUGUAGUUAUACCAGCUGCGGCUUUUCAGUCUUACACCAUUUUGGCAGGAGAAACUGAUAUACAGUCAAAUGAUAUCAUAGGAUACCAAGCUGACACUGGGAAUGAUGUAGUUUUAUGUGAAACAGGUGGGGAUUGGGCUCAGAAUACACAGCAGGCAACAGUUUCAAGCUGGCUCUCAGUUGGUGACACAUUCAACGUCACUGCCUGGAAGAAUAACACCAUGUGCUAUGUCAAUGUCAUCUACUCUACACCAGUGAGCAUGACAAUGCCUAGCUCUCUAGGAUAUUUUACGACUUCAGGGCAAGUCGAUUUUCAGCUGAGCGUUCCAGAUCCUGUCAUUACUCGGACAAAAGCGGUGACAUCACAAGAGAUAGUUGGGAGCCUGGUGUGGUUGUGGCCAUCACUACAGGUUGGACAGACCACGGAUACCAUCUUUGUUGAGGAAGCCACGUCCAUUGAUCUUUUACUUGUGACAAACUUUGGCACAGAUCUGACUGCAAAUUGGACCUUUGGAUCAACAUCGACCUUGACAACAUUCACAAGUGCCUGUCCAACAAGUUUUGUAUCUUCCUCGGUGUGUUCUCCAUACACAAACUGGCCUGCUCUUCCUUUCAGUACAACUUCUCAUACUUUUGACACUGAUAUGGAUGUGUAUGUCGAGGUGUUUAAUCAAGUGAGUUCGACCAAUCUUACUGUUGCUGUCCGAGUGUUUGAGGUAAUCAGUAGUGUAUCCAUUGCACUGACUUCUGCGCAGAGCAACAACUAUGUUGCCUAUGAUGAACAAACAUCCUUCUCUGUGACUGUCGGCACUGGUACACCAACCGUCUACAAUUAUUAUGUGAAUGGUUCUUUGGAAUAUACUGCAAAUACUGCCUCAUUUUCACACAAGUUCCUCAACACCUCUGUGCCAUACCAUGUUGUCACUGUCAAUGCAUCUGAUGAUUACAGCUAUGCUUUAGCAGAGAUAGGAGUCACAGUUAAAGUUCGAGCAAACUUCCAGAAUUUUCAAUUCACCAACGUACCUAGUAUUCUGGAAGAGAAUACGCAAUAUGAAUAUGGUGCUUCUGUUGAGGCUACUAUUGGUGCAGAGGUUUCUGUUAUGUGGAUAUUUGGUAUUGGGUCUCCACAACUGGUUACUACCACAAUAGCAUCAUCCACUCAGCAGUUUAAUCUGAACUUUACCUACUCUCAAACAGGUUCCUAUUCGGUUGCUAUAUUCUUACAGGAUGAUUCAUUUCUAAGUGCUAAAUACAUAUCAUCAUCCAUUGACAUUGCAGUGGCUAUAACAACUGUGACAUUAUCUACAAGCACAGCAGUAAUCUUGGAGGGUGAUAGCAUAACAUUCACACCAUCUUUACCAGGACCAAGUUACUAUGGUAGGACAAUCUAUUACACUUACGAAUUCCAAGAUGGGACGACUCUAAUAAAUCAAACAACCACAAGUGUUUCUCAUGUGUUUAGUACAAAAUCGUCUCCUGUGGACACUGUUACUCUCACAGCUAUGAACGGCAUCAGUUCAGGCAACACAUCUGUUGAUAUAACAGUUGAAGAACCAAUAACCAGUCUGUCUCUCACAGGACCUUCACCCAUACUGAUCAACACAACACAGCAGUACACAGCUGCUGUUGUGACUGGGUCCCAUAUCACUUACAGCUUUCAGGAGCCAGCAUUGGGUCUAGCCAGCGCCUAUAUCUCUGCUGACAACUACAACUGGACUAUUUCUACAGUGGGAGUCUACAACCUCACAGUCAUCGCUAACAACACCUUUGCUACUCUCUCUGAAUCCCUGGAAGUUCGUGCUGUUGACUCUGAUACACUUCAGAUCCUAUCUUUCACCCAUGAUAGAUAUAUUGUUACAUCAACCUCUGUGGUGUUCAAAGUAGAUGUGCUUAGUCUGGACUCUACAUCUGUGUUUUAUUUGUGGGAAUUCGGUGAUGGUGAUACCACGACUGGUACAGGCCUGACUGAAACGUCGCACUCCUUUGUCAACCCUGACAAUUACACAGUAACAGUGACUUUAUAUGAUAAUGUAACAAGUGUUCAAACAUUUCAAUCUAGUCCAAUAGGAGUUCAAGAUACAGUGACAAACUUGAGAGUUGUUGGAUCUGGUAUAGGAAACAUUGUGUCUGGAGCAGCAGCAACAGUAGUGCUUACAGCAUCCGUAGAUACAGGAACAGAUGUCUGGUAUACUUACACUUACGCUGGUUCAAACUUCAGCACUUCAAACACGACUUUUGGCCUGGAAUAUAGUACAGCCACAGAGUUGAUGGUAGAUGUUGUAGCCGCCAAUCAGAUCAGUUUUCAGAAUAUCACCAUUUCCGUCACAUUUCAGGAGACGAUAGAAUCGCUGGCAAUCAACUGUUCAGAAUGUACAGUGGCAGGUGGCAACAACUAUCUUGCCACUAAUGCCACAUCUACCUACACUGCUACUGUUGGGGUAGGUACUAGUGUUACAUAUACCUUUUCAGUGGCAGGACAACCAAAUUCAAACAAUAACCCACUGUCUCAAGUCUUCUCAGUGAAUGGUGAUGUCUUUGUGAAUGUGACGGCUGAGAACAAGGUGAGCUCUGCCGAAUACAGCCUACCAAUUGUGGUUCAGGACACCAUUACAAGUCUUGAGUUUGACUCCUCCAUUACAAAUGCCAUUUUGAUCAACACGAAUCUGACCAUGGAUACCAUCAUUGUAGGUUCCCAUGCAACAUACAGCUGGAGGAUGUGUAGCACUUGUAGCGUGAUCACUGGAUCUUCUAGUAGUUAUGUGAACCCUGGUUACACAGCCAGUGGAUCCUACACGGUCACUGUUGUUGGUUCUAAUCAGAUCAGUAGUGCCACCGCCACCCUGGCCUUAACAGUACAUGAACCUGUCACCGCUGUCAACAUCACCUCUAACGAUCUUGUCAAUGGCAUGUAUGUACCCAUUGAUACAGUAACCACGUUCACAGCCACAUCCAACAUCGCCCUACAUGUUUACUAUGAUUGGACAAUUUACAACUCAACUGGAAUGACUGUAUCAACUGUGUUCAAUACUGAUAAUCUGACUCAUAGCUUCAAUGCAGAAGGAGAGUACUAUGUUAAAGUAACAGCAUUAAAUUCAGCAAGCUCAAAGGAAACCAAUUUGACGGUAAUUGUUGAAACACCAAUCUCUGGAGUAUCUAUCAGUAACAACAACACCUCCCCUAUAGCUACUCUUGAAGGGCUCGGCCUUACAGCAAUGGUGACUAGGGGCUCAACACUGACAUACACAUGGAAUCAAAACAAUACAGCAUUAGGUGUUACAUCAGCUGACUUGGCUGUUGCUAUAAGUCCAUCAGGCACCUAUGUUUAUAGUGUAGUUGUCACAAAUCCUUUGGGUUCUGUCACAAGCACUGUAACCUAUGUAGUACUGGACGUGAUAGAAAAUGCGACCAUCAUAUUACCAAGUGGUCUUGUGUAUUACCCAUUUGCUGCCAUUAACAGUGCUGUGCAGUUUUCAGCCAGUGUUCCCAAAGGAGACCAAGUUACCAUUGCUUGGGAGAUGCAACAGGCAGGAGUUAUCAGUAGUACUGGAUCAACUACAACCUUUGAUUACACGUUUGCUUCUGUGGCCAAUUACACCUUGACAAUGAAUGCAACAAAUGAUGUUAGCUCGAUGGUUGAGACAACGGAAAUCUCGAUCCAAACUCCACUGACAAGUCUUUCUAUGACUGCCAGCUCCAGUGCAGCCGAAACCAAUGCAACAGUCACAUUUACUGGCGUUCACAAUGCUGAUGCAGAUCAUUUGACAUAUGAGUGGACAAUCGACUCUGUGAUUAAUACUACAACAACAAAUAGCAUAACUCAUUCAUUUUCAACUGCCCGGACCUAUAUAGUAUCGCUUAAUGUGUCCAAUCAAAUUUCCACUUACAACACCUAUGUGAGUGUGGAAAUAGAAGAUCCCAUUCAAGGACUGUCAAUUUCCAAUUGCAAUACUACAAUCAAUGUUACAGACUUGGCUCAGGCAGUUGCAGUGAUAACACAAGGCACGAAUGUGACAUACUUGUGGUCUGUCGAUGUUGACAACGGCACAAUACAACAGAGUGGUAAAACAUUUGGAUAUUCCUUUACACAAACAGCUGUUUACAACCUCAAUCUGAAUGUAAGCAACCUUGUGAGCACUGAUGUUGCCUCUUGUUGGUAUACUAUCACAGGACCCAUAUCUGAUGUGACGAUUACAAUGUCCGAUGACAUUUACCUGUUUGUGAACUACACUGUUGACUUUGCUGUAACAGGGAACAAUCUGGUUGGAGUGAUUUACAACUGGAGUAUUUCUCCUAUCAGUUACAGCACAACCACGGAAACAGGUGCUCUUUCAAAAAUGUUUACUGUGAAACAGAGCUAUGUGUUAACACUCACAGUUUCAAACAACAUCAAUUCAGUGACUGUAACAAAAUCUUUCUACAUUGAUGAGUUGUCGUGUACUUCCCCAGUCAUCACUGCAGGAGGAGUAACUUCCAAGACAGUAUACAAAGCAAAUUCAGUCAUGUUUGAGGUGUAUAUCAACAGGUUUACUUGUGACUUCUAUGAUCUGCAGUACAACUGGACAGCAUACAAUCUGACAAGCUCUGGUGAGCUCCUAGAUAACCCAGUCACUCUCACAGAUGUUAUUGUCACAACACCAAAAUUAUUGCUUACCAAUGGAACGCUCGAUUAUGGAGAAUUCUGUAUUGUAUUAGAUGCUUCCUACAGCAGCACUCCUCUGCAGCAGAGAGUCAUGUUUAAUGUGACAGUGCUGAAGACUGAGUUAGUAGCAGUUAUAGCUGGGGGAAUAACAGUUAAAAUUCCAGCCAACACCUCGUAUCAUCUUGACGGGAGUUCCUCCUAUGACAAGGAUCACACUUCUUCUCUCACAAACAGCUGGUCAUGUUCCAAAAUCUCGGGGUCUGCUGCAGCUGAUGCCUGUACAUCAGUAUCAGGUAGUUCUAGCUCUAUCAGUAUACCUGCUAGUAAGUUGAUAGAAGAUCAGAUAUAUGAUAUCACACUGACGGUAUCAGCCACUGACAGGACGUCUGGAUCCUACACACAACGGUUAAUUGUUGGAGCAUCUGAGGCACCAUUAGUGGAUAUAGUGUGUGUAUCAUGUCUGGCGAGCUACCAGAAUGUGAUCAGCUCUGCCACACAAUUGGCUCUACAGGGUAGCUGUGCUAACUGCGGAUCUGCCACAGUCACCUACAGUUGGACUGCUACAUACAUAGACAGUGGUAUCACCCAGACUUUCAGCCUGACUGAUACAUCUACACACACUGGUGACUCUGUGUCAAAUCUUGUAGUCAAAUCAGGACAAAUUAUUAACGGCAAGACCUACACAUUCACACUAACAGUUACGAAAACUGAGAACUCUGUGACUACAACAUCCUAUGCUGUUAUCGAGUUACAAGCCAAUUUACCACCUUAUGGAACAGAUUGUACUGUGUCAAGUACAACUAUCACAGUAUUCAGCACACUGUCCGUUGACUGUCAGGGUUUCUCUGACCCAGAUAGCAACUCCACUGAACUGAUGUAUGAAGUGAUCGCCUACAGUACAGACUCUGCCUCUGUUGGUCAGUAUGUCAUUAUCUACUCUGGACCUAAGUCCCAGGUGGAUGUCUACCUUACCUCCUGGUCAGGAGUGUCCAGGGCAACAGUCCAGGUGAAGGUGUUUGUUAUUGAUAGCUUCAAUGGUGUCUACGAAGGCCUUGACACGACCAUAACUGUGAAUGGACCAACACUGACCGCAGGACAAACGAUGGCUGAUUACUUGUGGGAAAAGGCAAAUGGAGAAAUGUUAGGGUUGGUCAAGGAAAACAGUCCCACCUUGCUGUUACAAUAUGCUAUCACUAUGAUCCAUGAGAUCAAUGAGUUGUCUCGUGUGGCUACUACUGACACAGAGAAGUACAGGCGGGCUUCACUGAGGAACAUUCUUACACUGACAGUAUUAGGACUUCCAUUAGAGGAUAGGGUGGCUCGACAACAGGCUGCAUUCUUCAUGGAUCACUUAACGGUCUACUCCGAUGAGUUUCAGACAAGUGCUUGCCAGGACCUAGUCCUGAGUCUCACUCAGACCUUGAAGGCAGUUAUGGAAAGUGGAGUUAGACAAGGUCUUGAACAGAGCAGCGUCCUGACCAACCAUCUUCUAGGUGCUGUCGCUAAUGUCAUGUCUGGCGUUAACAUGGCUGUGUAUUCAAGUAGUACGUCCCUGGUUUCAGGCUGGUAUAAUGACACCAUGCAGAUAUAUAUUCCAUCUGUGAGCUCCUUUACCAAUGUGUUCUCCUCCUCCUCCCUCUCUGGGGAAAGUCACCGUAGGUCUGUUGUCACCAAGGCACUGUCACAGGCUGAAGGAAUUAUUGCCCUCAACCUCAAGUCAAUGUUGUUAGGGCAAGCCCCAUUGGUAUACACAAUAAACAGUAUGGCAGCAUAUGGAGUAAGGACCACCAGUGAUAACCUAAACCUUGAUUAUGUUGGGGCAGAUAGUGGUAUCACAGUCAGCAGUAACACUCUCACAGGCAGCAGUAUAGUUGCUGGCACAGAAAUAUUCCAGAUCUACAUUAACAGUGACCCAAGCCCAUUUACCUGGGGCUAUACUGCUGAUUUUGUUGUGGACACUAAAAUGGCCAGUCUUACUCUUAAAGACACAACAGGAGCUGACAUUUCUGUCAGUGGAUUAUCAGAUGCUGACAGUGUCCAACUGGUUCUGACUGACGAGGAAGAAAAUGUAAAUAUAACAAAUGCUAGUAUAGUUGGAAACACUGGAUAUGAUCAGACAAAGAACCUCAAUUACAUCUACUCCAACGUUAAUAGCGAUACACCAAAAUUGAUAACCCUGACUCCAAGCUCAGGUGUGGAUGGUUCUGCACUUUUUAUCCAAGUCGCUGCCAAAAAUAUUGAUAACGCUUCUCCCGAAGCUAAAGCUGCUCCAUCCCAGGCCUCUUUCUACCUUGGAAUUGAUAUUGCCAAUCCUUCGGCAUCAGAAAACACUCAGGCCAUAGAACUGAUAGCAUCCGACACACUGCCAGCUGAUCAUAGAGACCACACCUUCUAUAUCAAUAAUUUUGACUCCUCAAAAACCUACAGGAUCUCUGUAUAUGUCAACGAUACCUACAUGUUGAAUGUGUCUUCAGCAGUGUAUAUGGGUUCCUGUAUGUACUAUGAUACCACAGAGUUGGCUUGGUCUACCUCAGGUUGUCAGCCUACAUCUGAGUGCAUUGCCAUAGCCCUUGUGUGUAAAUGUAACCAUUUGACAGCCUUCGGUGGAGGAAUGUUGGUGCCUAUUGAUGCCAUUAGUUUCAGUGAUCUUGAGUUUAUUGAUCUAUACACAAAUCCUGUUGUGUUUGUGACUGCGACAAUCAUCUUCGUGGUAUACAUUGUGGCAGUCAUCAUCAGCAGACGUCUUGACCUGCGUGACCUUGAGAGGAUUUCUUCUGUGCCCUUGUGUGGAAAAGAUGGUUCCUUCAAAUAUGAGAUAACCUUAGUUACAGGCAGACAACGAGGUGCAGGAACUUCUGCUCAUGUUGGCAUUAAAUUGUAUGGAGACUAUGGUAAAAGCAACAGAAAGCACCUAUCAAAGAAAGGAGCAUUCCAAAGGAACUGUCAGGAUUCUUUCAUUAUUGCACAUGACACCAACUUAGGGGAUAUCUCCAAGGUAUUUGUCUGGCAUGACAACCAUGGUCUGGACCCUAACUGGUACUUGGUACAGGUCAUUGUCAGAGACCUACAGACAGACCAAAAAUACUACUUUUUUGGAAACGUUUGGCUUACUCUGGAAAAGGAGAACGGAUACAUACAGAAGGAAAUCUAUGCUGCUGGCUCUGCAGAAAUUCAGCGAUUCACAAGGAUAUUUGGCCAUGCUUGGUCAAGCUCCGUUGCUGACCGCCACCUGUGGGUGUCCAUUAUGGAUCGCCCUGCCAAUAGUCGGUUCACACGAGUCCAGAGGACCACCUGCAUAGUGACAAUCCUGUAUGUGUUCAUGUGUAUCAACAUCAUCUGGUAUGGCAUAAUCAAAACAACAGAUUCCAACUUAAACACAACCAGUUUUGGGUGGCAGGAAGUAGUUGUUGCCCUGGCAACCAAUGCUGUGGUCUUCCCUUUCAGUAUCAUCCUUAUUGGCAUAUUCAAGAAGAGUCGUUCAAAAAACAAUGUGUUUGAACAAGGUAACCGGUUGGGAACUGCGGAGACUAUUGAGAUUGACAACAAUUGUGACAGAUCCACCUACUCAUCCUUCCAAACAAAUGAGGACCUCAUAUCCUACCUUGGAGAAAGGGAGAGCACUUCAGAAUCAAUUCGGACUGCUGUUGCUGCACCCCCGAAGAUUUUGGGUUUACGUCGUACACAGACAUUGAAGACAUCACUUAAACUGGAUAAAGUUCCAUCAUCGGCUGAUAGCUUUAACAGUAGUAUAAAUGGAGAUAAGAAUGACAGGAAGCUGGAGAGGACAAAUAAUCCUGGUAAAUGGGAACAAGACAGUUUCAAAGAAAGUUGGCACAAACGUUUGAAACCAAAGUCAUCUACAGAUGAACCACAGCCAAAUACCAGUGCACCAAUCAAACAGGACAGAGCUGCUGUGAGAGCUGAGGUCGAAGAUGCAGCAGAUGAUAUUAUGGAAUACCUUGACAUGGUAGAAGCUGACAUGAUUUCCAAAGAACAGAUGCUUCGCAAAAACAAAGAUCCAAGUAAACUUACCCUAGGCCUCUCCAGAAAACCACCUGUACAUCGUCCAAGUACGGAUGAGGGUAAGCAUUGGAACAAGGAUAAGAAUACUAUAGAGCCAAAGAAGGGAGCUUUAAAGAGGAAGGACUCAACCCACAGUGUAGGGAUAUCGGCGGUUUCCUCCAACUCUUAUGCCAUCCCUUCCUCUUCUGGAAUGCAACGCAACUUCACACCAAGGGAAGAACCAAGUCUUGCUGACAGGAAACCCACCUCUGCUGGUAGUGUAGCUAAAUGGGUGUCGAAACUGAAGCCUGGCGGGAUACGCUCAAAUGACAUGCCCUCGGUAGAACAUACCAAUACAUUGGGAACCCACCCACUGCGACCAAACUCCAUGUUGGCUCGUCAGAUAUCCCAGCCAGACAUUAUCACUCAUGGUGUUGUCGGAUCCUUUACCAUGGAGGGAAAUGACAUACGUAAGAAGAAGUCGGGAUGUACUCUGCCUCCCUGGUGUGUGUAUGUGGGAUAUUUCCUGUGUUUCUGUCUCAGUGUGCUAUCUGUCAUUGUGGUGAUGCUUUAUGGUUACCAGUUAGGAGCUGAGAUUGCUCUGCAAUGGGUCUUAGCCCUGCUGUUCAGUGUAGCUUUCUCCUUCCUCAUGUUUGAGACCCUCAAGGCUCUCUUCAUGGCAUUAUACAUUGCUGGUAUUGAGAAGAAAGUGGAUCCUUAUGAUGAAAAUGAUGUUAUUGAUAUUGAACCAAUCGUCGACAAUGCUGUGGAAACUGUCAAGGAAAUGAAGUUCAAACCGCUGGCUGGUUUCUCCUUGGUGAAGGCCAGAGAGGAGGGCCAGAAGGUCCAGAGGAUGCGUCUGAUGCUGCGCCAGUUUGUGGCUUACAUGUUCUACCUGUGGCUGCUCAUGGUACUGUGUUAUGUGAACUUUAGCUCCAGCCAGUACUACUUCACCUACAGCACAGAGAACCACUUCAUCAAGACCACUGUAUCCAACGACACAUACUCAUUCCAAAAUAUGACCAGUAUCGAAGAAUUCUGGGUGUGGAGCCAAGAGGUCCUUUCUCCAGGGCUCCACUGGGAGGAGUUUGAAAACUACACAGAAUAUGCCACACUCCUAGGGACUGCCCGACUCAGACAGGUCCGCAGUCUGACAGAGAAGUGCAUGGCCUAUGAUUCCUUAAUAGUCUUAGGCAGUCCAGACUUUCUGUCAGGAAAGACCUGUGUUGGGUCAGGCAGCUUUGACGAGGACCAGAACUCAUACGGAGAAACAUGGACCAGCAACCAAGCACAGAACCUAUCUUGGAAUUACUACACCUCGGACCUGACUGGCAGUAAAUGGCGACAGGGAAACGUGUUCUCAUACAGUGGUGGCGGGUAUGUGCAGUUCUUAGGCACAAACUACACUGAGACCCUGUCCAUACUACAAGACCUACAAGCCAAAGACUGGAUCAACCUUCAUACCCGUGCUGUAUUUGUAGACUUCACCAUGUACAAUCCUGCCACUGACCUGACUACCUAUGUGAACCUCCUCGUAGAACUUCCUCUCACAGGUUCUGUCAACACGUCAUAUGAGAUACACAGCCAGAAGUUACUACGGUACAUUGAUGAUAUUGUGGACCCUUUGCUGGUGUGUGAGGCAAUCCUGUUUGUGGUAGUAGUGUACCUGUGGAUACAUAUGGCCCUGUUGAUACGAGAUGAAGGCUGCUCAUUUUUCACCAAAGCCUGGAACCUUUAUGAGCUACUCACCACAGUGAUGGCAAUGGCAGUCAUUGGACUGUAUGUGGGCUGUGUGGUUCAAGCAACCUUCACCUUUGAUGAGUACCUGGCUAAUUCCUCCAGCUUUGUCAACUUUGAGACCACCAUUGAUGUCCAUUUGUCCAUGAGAUACACACAGGCCUGGCUUCUCUUUCUACUCAUGUUUAAGGUCGUGAAGCAAUUGAGAUUCAUUAAGGUCCUGUACAUCUAUGAGAAGACACUCAGUGAAUCAGUAGGCAAACUGUUCGGUGUUGCUCUUAUAUUUGCCAUCCUCUUCCAAACACACGGAAUGCUUGCCUACUUGUGGUAUGGACCUUAUGUUGGAGGGUUUGAGAGUUACUGGCAUACACUGACAACACUACUAGGAGCCAUCCGAGGCACAUUUGAUUUCUGGUUGCUGUUUGAGCAUAGCCGAGUCUUCAGCCACUUUUUCUUCUAUUCCUUCUACAUCUUCGUGUAUGGUUUGACUAUAGGCUUCAUUGUGGCCAUCUUGUCAGACACAUACAAAACAUUGCGCUCACAGAUGUUCUUCAAGUCCACACUAGACAUGCAGGAUCAUGAAAUGAUUGACUUCACCAUGAAAAGGUUCAAGAUGUGGGCGGGGAUCACAAAGCCAAAGCCGGAGUUUCGUGCAGUGCGGUUCCCCGGCCUUCCCUCGGUAUCCAGCAGAUGUACAUCGCGAAGUUCCACCAGAUCGUUCAGCGAGACUUCAAUUAGUUCUGAUGGUCUGAGUAUGCUGUCGACAGGGGGUUCUGCCAAUGCUGCUGCUCGCUUGUCUUCUACCUGGCAGGAUGUGCUCCGCACAAUGGAAAGAGUGACCCAUUUAGAUGUUAUUGAAGAAGAUCUUAUAAAGAAAUGUCAGCGAGAGAUUGAUGAAUGGAAAUGGCAGAACCGUAUCAGUAGCAUGGAGAAAGAAAAUGAUGGUCUCUUGAAUUGGACAACAAAAAAAACUCCUACUACUCCCAACACUCGUACUACCAAAAUACACAAAAGAGUUCCAACACAACCGCGCCUGACUGCAAAGUCAGAAGGAACAGCCAAAACACCACCUUCAAAGCCAGUUAAGGGAAAGGCAACACCAAGGGCAUCUCGCCCCCUCAGUGAUCAGGGGGGACGAGCAGCACAGAGGAUGGAACAGCCUGGCCCAUCACAAGACAGAAAGUCAGUAUUUGACUUCUUCAAAAGUGUAAAACCAUCAAAACCUGCAUGGUAA